CCGAAACAUAUCAACAAAGACGAACGGAAAUUGAAGAGUGCAGACGAGGAUUGGAAUUCGGAGGAUGAAGCCAAGUUGAGAACCAACGGUUUCUCACAAAAUGAAACCAGAUUUGAGGUGGGCAACGAAAAUAAAAUGCGGAAAAAACCCUCCGCUCUUAUCGUAAAGUCAAAAGACGAAAAGAGGCAGGGCAACAAAGCAGACAUCAACAACCUGCCCAGCCAGAACAUGUUCGGGCCUCAAGGCUUUGAGUUUCGCAGAACUGGGUCUAACGCCUCGAAGGCAGAAGCGCCGACAUUUGGUCUACAGUCGUCCGACUAUACCAAUGGCAGCAUCGUCAACUGCCAUGGUAACCGAGCGGAGAUUCGGUCUUCCUCAGUAAUUGGCGACUAUGUGCCGGAUAUACAUACAGCCCGAUCCUCCCCCCAUGACAGAGCUCCUACACGAGCCCCCUCGAGUCCCAACCCUCGUCAGCAUCACCAUGUCCAAGGCCAUCGCAUCCAUCGGAGUCAGCAGAAAACGCAACACACUGUCCCAGUCCUCGAUCAGAAGGCGCCUCCGAACUUGGAUGGCCCGGACGUGGUCGGUGAAGCGCCGGUCUGGACCACGGGACUUUCCCACCCGUACGACUUGUACGAUCAACAGUAUCCAGCCGGCGUGGGCCUCGGAAGUUCGGUCGAGGAGAAAUGUUUUUCUGUAGGUUAA